CUGCUGCUGCUGCUUCUUCUUCUGGCUCGGGGAGAGGCGGCUCAGCCGAGCCGGGUUUUCUCUCUCUCUCCCUCCUCCUUUCCUUCCUUGGGUGGAUCUAACGGGAGGGCGUGAGGAGCGGGCUUCCUUGCCGGGCUUGAGGACGGGGGAGGCCUGCGGAGGAAGGGGAAGGCGGAGCUGUCGCCCGAGGGCGGGAGCAACCCCCGGCCGCCUCUGGGUUAGGGUGGAGAGCCGCCUUGAGCCUCCCUCUCUCGGUCUCCUUGCGGCGGGGAGCAUCCUUCUCCGGGCAGGGGCAAAGAAGAAGAGCCGCCGCCCUCCUCCUCCUCCUAGGGCUCCUGCUCGCCCUCUCUCUCCCCUUCGCCUCCCCACGCUUGUUUACCCGUCCCAGAGAGCUCGGGCUACGCCUCCGCCCCGGCCGCCUUCCUCGCCGGCGUCGCUCCUGAGCGAACUCUUCCCUUCCCCGCCAUUGAGGGGGGAAAAAAAGCCCCCUCCGGUCUUUGGGUUUCCUCCUUCUCCUUCUCUCCGGCUCCGACUCUCCCCCUUCGAGGAAAAGUUUCCUUCCAAGGCUGCCGCUUGGCUGCGGACCGUGUUUCUUUGUUUUAAAUUGAUGCCAUUUUCCUUGCCUUUUGGCCUGCCCGGCUGUGGCCCUCCUGUGCAAAAGCAGCCCUGCCUUGCCUCCUCCUCCCACCCGUCCGGUGGACUGGGGUCUGUGGCUGCUUCGUGUCUUCGUUUGCCAUGCAAAGCGGGGAGCCCAUGCCGACGGUAGCAGCGGCAGCAGCAACAGCAGCAGCUACGGUGGUUACAGCGAUGAAAGUGUCGGAGAGCGAAGGCAAGCUGGAGACUUUCCUCCCGGCCCAAAACUGCUCCAGCAAAUGCAGCAGCAGCAGCAGCAGCAGCAUCGGCGGCGGUGGGCUGAACAACAGCCGAGGAGGAAGCGGUAGCAAAGUGUGGCAGUACAGUGAUCACAUGGAAAACAUUUCUGGCUAUUUGAUGAAAUAUACAAAUCUUGUAACAGGCUGGCAGUACCGGUAUUUUGUCUUAAACAAUGAAGGUGGCCUCCUAGAGUAUUUUGUGAAUGAACAGUCCAGAAACCAGAAACCUAGAGGUACCUUGCAGCUGGCUGGAGCUGUGAUAUCCCCUAGUGAUGAAGAUUCUCAUACUUUUACAGUGAACGCUGCCAGUGGAGAACAGUAUAAACUGAGAGCUACGGAUGCCAAAGAAAGACAGCAUUGGGUCAGCAGACUUCAGAUAUGCACACAACACCACACUGAAGCAAUUGGAAAGGUAUUGUCUGUCAGAAACACUAACAAUCCUCCUCUGAAAUCUCGCAGCUUCUCUCUCGCCUCUCAAGGAAGUGGCUCUCCUGGUAUGCAGAGAAGACCCAGCCAAAACGCAGCUUCCUUUUUCAGUGUUGGCCAUCACAAGUUGCCAGCUGGGAAGAGAAUUCCCAUUCUGCAGCCAGAUCACUUAAUCGAUGUACGAGAGAAGAUGUCUCAAGCUGAAGGACAGCAGAGAGAUUUGGUAAGAAGUAUUGAAUGCCUUCCUGCCUCCGGUCAUCUUUCCUCCUUAGACCAAGACCUGCUGAUGCUCAAGGCAACCUCAAUGGCAACAAUGAAUUGUUUAAAUGAUUGUUUUCACAUUCUCCAGCUGCAGCAUGCCUCACAACAAAAGGGAUCCUUAUCUACUGGAACAACAAUCAGCUGGUUGGAACCAAAGAUUUCUUUGCCAAAUCAUUUCAAAAAUGGAGCAGAUCAAAAUUUACCUGCGGAUCAAAUGAAGCCAGCAUCAGUCAGAGAGGAAGAUUCCAGUUCUGAAUCUGGUCAGCUAACCAGGGAACCAGAGGAAAUAAAUCCAGAAGAUGAGUUGGAAGACACAUGUGAGAAUAAAGAGGAUGACCUUGGAGCUGUGGAAGAACAGCGUAGUGUUAUCUUGCACCUUCUUUCUCAACUCAAACUUGGCAUGGACUUAACAAGAGUGGUUCUUCCCACUUUUAUUUUAGAGAAGCGCUCUUUGUUGGAAAUGUAUGCCGAUUUCAUGUCCCAUCCAGAUCUGUUCAUUUCCAUUUCCAAUGCCACAAGUCCCGAGGAGAGGAUGAUCCGUUUUGUUGAGUAUUAUCUCACUUCCUUUCAUGAAGGACGCAAAGGGGCAAUUGCCAAAAAACCAUACAAUCCAAUCAUCGGGGAAACAUUUCACUGUUCGUGGAAGAUGGGGAAGAGCGAUGUACUGAAUGGCACUAACAGUAACCCUUCCUCUCAUUCUGCCUCUGAGCAAGUGCCUGUUUCAGAAGAGAGCCAGGCUCAAGAAGAGUCAGACUCUUACGCCGUCCGAUUUGUCGCAGAACAAGUGUCUCAUCAUCCUCCAGUCUCAGGGUUCUAUGCUGAAUGCGUGGAGAGAAAGAUGUGCGUUAACGCCCAUGUUUGGACAAAAAGCAAAUUCCUGGGCAUGUCAAUAGGAGUAACCAUGGUUGGUGAAGGUACUUUAAGUCUUCUGGAACUUGGAGAGGAUUACACAUUCUCCUUGCCUUGUGCAUAUGCUCGGUCAAUUUUGACAGUCCCCUGGGUAGAACUGGGAGGGAAAGUCAGUGUUAAUUGUGCAAAAACUGGAUAUUCUGCAAGUAUUACAUUUCAUACCAAGCCUUUCUAUGGUGGCAAACUUCACCGGGUCACGGGUGAGGUGAAGCAGAAUGCUACUAACACAGUGGUUUGUAAAGUACAAGGUGAAUGGAAUAGUAUCCUUGAGUUCACUUACAGUAACGGAGAAACUAAAUGUAUGGAUUUGUCAAAGUUGUCUGUGACACGGAAAAGGGUGCGGCCCAUAGAAAAGCAAGGGCCAUUCGAAUCCAGGUGAGAGA